AUGCCUUCCCGCACGGUGUCCUGGGAGGAGCUCUCUCGCCACAGCCAGCCCGGCGACCUGUGGAUCGCGGUGGCCGGCGUGGCCUACGAUGUCAGCGACUUCGGCGACGACCACCCCGGCGGAAAAAUGGUCUUCGAGCGAUCUGGCGGUCGCGACGUGACGGAGCCCUUCCAGGCGUACCACCCCGACUGGGUGGCCAAGACGAUGAAGCGAUUCGAGGUGGGGCGGAUGGAGUCCUCGCGGCGCGGCACGCUGCCGGGGCCCACCGUGAUGUACACCAAGCUGUUCGCGGAGAUCAAGAGCGCCGGCCUGCUGGAGACGGACUACGGGUUCUACGUGCGCACGGGCGCGUGGCUCUCGUUCCUGUUCGCGCUGGCCUGGGGGCUGGUGCUGUCCGGGAGGUGGGUGCUGGGGGCCGUGACAAUCGGCAUAUUCUGGCAGCAGGCUUCGUUCGUUGGCCACGAUGCUGGGCACAAUUCGAUCACACACAAUCGCAAGACUGAUGGCAACAUUGCACUGGUGGUCAACGCCUUCAUUGGUGUGGGAAUGAGCUGGUGGAAGUCCAGCCACAACAUCCACCACAUACUGGUCAACAGCACUGACUGUGACCCGGACAUACAGCACCUGCCUCUGUUGGCGCCUUCGCACAACUACCUACAGACCACACACUCCGAGUACCAUGAUUUUGACCUCGUGUUUGACGGCCCAGCAAAGUAUCUGGUGCCCUACCAGCACCUGACGUUCUUCCCUCUUCUGCUGGUUGCCAAGUUCGGCAUGUACAUCCAUGCCAUAAGGCAUUUCAUGACAGGUGGCACAGUGUUUAUCCACAAGAUCAAGGAGUACUUUGUAAUGAUCUUUUUCAUGUGCUGGUACCUUUCACUUGCUAUGCUGGUUCCGACGUGGCCUGAGCGUGUGAUGUUUGUUAUGUUGUCCCAUUCCAUCGUAUCCAUCCUGCACCUUCAGGUAGGGCUGUGCUGCCUAUAUUCUGAACAGGAAAUUAGGGCCAUCCUGUGGGCAUUUCCAGUGCUAUGGAGUGAAACUUGCCCCAUUUUCCACCCGUCCUAUGUAUGCCUCAGUUGGGCCUUGCCCCGACCCACAAGACCUUUGGUCUCAAACACUCUGGGGCACUGA